ACUAUAAAUGAAUAAUCUAAUGGAUUAGUUUUGCGUGUUCCUCUCUUCUCAUCUCUUCUUUUGCAGUGCGCUUUUCAGACGAAUCCCUAAUUGCGCGCAUGAAAUCAAAUUGGGGAAAAAAAAGUCAAAAUCUAGGUUUAAUAAAAUGUAGCUGCAAUUUUUUGGGUCCUCUGAACUAAUAUCAAUGGAGCAUUUAGAUGAUGGUGAGGCAUCAUCAAAUAAUGUUGAUGAAGUAGAAGUCACUAAUACUCCUCUGAUUUGUGGCCUUCCAGAUGAUAUUUCUCUUUUGUGCCUUGCAAGAGUUCCUAGAAAAUAUCAUUCAGUUCUAAAGGCUGUCUCGAAAAGAUGGAGGGACUUAGUUUGCAGUGACGAGUGGUUUUUUUAUCGCAGAAAGCAUAAACUCGAUGAGACAUGGAUCUAUGCUUUGUGCAGGGACAAAUUUGAUCAUGUUUGCUGUUACAUUUUGGAUACAACCUCCUCAAGAAAAUCUUGGAAGCUCAUUCACGGGCUUCCACCUCACAUCAUGAAAAGGAAAGGCAUGGGUUUUGAAGCUUUGGGAAACAAGCUCUUCUUAUUGGGUGGUUGUGGCUGGUCUGAAGAUGCUACUGACGAGGUUUAUUCAUACAAUGCUUCCUCGAACUCUUGGGUUGAAGCUGCUUACUUGUCAACUGCUAGGUGCCACUUUGCUUGUGAAGUAAUGGACGAAAAACUCUAUGCAAUUGGCGGUAUAGGUUCAAAUUCAAGUGAUCCUCAUUCAUGGGAUACUUUUGAUCCUUUCACAAAUAGUUGGACAUCUCACAGAGACCCUAACAUUGUUCCCGAAAUCGAAGAUUCGGUAGUUAUGGACGGCAAGAUAUAUAUCCGAUGUGGCAAAUCUCCUGUAACACCUCACGUGUACGCCGUUGUAUACGAACCAUCAAGUGGAACAUGGCAGCAUGCAGAUGCCGACAUGGUUUCGGGAUGGAGAGGUCCUGCAGUUGUUGUCGACGGAAUCCUUUUCGUUUUGGAUCAAAGUUUGGGUACUAGGUUAACGAUGUGGCAUAAAGAGCGACGCGAGUGGAUACCCGUUGGAAAGUUGUCACCAUUGCUUACAAGACCACCAUGCCAACUUGUUGCAGUUGGUAAAAGCAUUUAUGUUAUUGGGAAAGGGCUUAGUACUGUGGUUGUUGAUGUUGGUGAUGUGGGAAAUAUGGGAAGGGUGAUGAUGGGUUCAUCUAUACCCAAAUUAGUCUCUGAUUACAAUGUAAUUAGUUGUAAAUGCUUGUCAAUUUAAAGAGUAAAUCAUUUUAAAAAGUGUUGAGAUACAUGUGUUAUUGUUGCAUAAUUUUUUGUUUUUGUAUAAUGACUGUAUUAAGGUUUGAACUCAUAUGAUGAACUUGUUGAAAACUAUCCAAAUUCACCACCAUUAGUGAUCA